GAAACAGUUGUACACAGGAUGCGGGGCUAACAUCCGCACAGUGCUGUAGGUGAAAAGGCAUCACCCGGAGCCACUGAGCCGCUGUAAGCAUCGGAGGAAAAAGUGCAGAGAAGCGUGGAAGUUGCGUUUUGAGGACACUCUUUCGCUGGGCGUCACUUUCACCGCUUUAAAGUUAUGCGUUCGAGUCCCGUGCUUCCCCGCACACACAGCACGGUGAAUGGACCCGCGUGUGCACAAUGAUGGGCAGUGACCUUUCCAUUAUGACGAGGAGAUGUCUUCUCACUUACAAACCAUUCAGGAUUUUUGUGUUAGGGAUUGGUUUCUUCAGUAUAUGCUUUCUAAUGACCUCUCUUGGGGGCCAAUUCUCAGCCAAGCGACCCUCAGAUUUCCCUUUCACAACGCGAGCAGAAGUUCUCGGUGGUCAAGAAUCUCGCGCCCUCAGAAAAAUCAGUAAUAUGCUGGAAGUCAUCAUGAAGCGGAUGGACGCGCUGUCUAGACUUGGUAACACCAGUGAAACGCACAAGUUGGAUGAGCUUGCCUCCGUCCUUGACAGAAUUCAGCCAAUAGGUCUGGUGGAGCGGAUCCAGGCCAUUGCCCAGAACAUGUCAGACAUGGCUGGGAGGGUGGAGCAGAUUCUACAGCGCAGUACUGCAAGUAAAAGAGUUAGGCAAGGAACAUUCGGACAGUGUGACAUUCCUAAAGACCCUCAUUAUCCAGACUGCCCCGGCAAGAUGGAUUGGAUGCGUGCCCGUUGGAACUCUGACCCGUGCUAUGCUUUUUAUGGAGUCGACGGUUCAGACUGCUCCUUUCUCAUCUACCUAAGUGAGGUGGAGUGGUUCUGCCCCCCACUCACCUGGAGGAACCAGACUGUUACACCCACUUUGAAGCCUCCACCCAGAAAACAAGCUGUUUUCCGGUUUGACACAGGUGCUCUGCUGGAGCUAGUGGGCACCGGGAAAGAGUCGCUUAACUUCAUGAAAAGACGCAUACGUAGGCUGGCAGCACAGUGGGCUUCUGCUGCUCGACGACUGGAUGACAAACUGCGCAGUCACUGGAGGGACGAGAAGCGGAUUCUUGUCCACGUGGGAUUUCUGACAGAAGAGUCCGGUGAUGUGUUCAGUCCAAAGGUGCUGAAAGGGGGUCCGCUGGGUGAGAUGGUCCAGUGGGCUGACAUCCUCACUACUCUUUAUAUUCUUGGACACAACCUGAAGAUCUCUGUUUCUGUCAAGGAGCUGCAUGGGUUUUUGGGAGUCCCACCAGGAAGAGGCAGCUGCCCUCUGACCGGCCCUCUGCCCUUUGACCUCAUCUACACAGACUACCAUGGCCUUCAACAGAUGAAGCAGCACUUGGGGCUGUCACUGAAGAAGCACAAGUGCCACAUCCGUGUGAUUGACACUUUUGGCACAGAGCCAGCCUACAACCACGAGGAGUAUGCCACUCUGCAUGGCUACAGAACCAACUGGGGCUACUGGAACUUGAACAGCCAGCAGUACAUGACCAUGUUCCCUCACACCCCAGACAACUCUUUUAUGGGCUUUGUAGCAGAGGAGCUGAAUGACACCGCGAGACUGAACAUCCAAAAGAACAAAUUGAACAACAUGGCAGUUGUCUAUGGUAAAGAGGCCAGCAUGUGGAAGCUUCAUGGCAAGGAAACAUUCCUGUCCAUCCUGCAUCGCCACAUGGAGAUCCAUGGGACUGUGUACUAUGAAGCACAGCGUCCCCCAGAGGUGCCCGCCUUUGUGAAGAAUCAUGGCCUUCUGCGUCAGCAGGAACUCCAGCAACUCCUCAGGAAGGCCAAGCUCUUCAUUGGAUUUGGCUUCCCGUAUGAAGGGCCAGCCCCUUUGGAAGCCAUCGCCAAUGGCUGUAUCUUCCUGCAGCCCAAGUUUAGCCCUCCUCAUAGUUCUCUCAAUCAUGAUUUCUUCAGAGGAAAGCCCACCUCCAGGGAAGUGUCCUCUCAGCAUCCCUACGCUGAGCAGUACAUCGGCAGGCCACACGUCUUUACGGUUGAUUUUAAUAACUCAGAAGAGUUUGAUGCAGCCAUCCGUGAAAUCAUGAAGCUCAAUGUGGAGCCUUUUUUGCCAUAUGAGUACACGUGUGAGGGCAUGCUGGAGAGAGUCCAUGCCUAUCUUCAAAACCAGGACUUUUGUUCUCCUGAAGCUCCAUUUCCUCCAGUAAACUCUUCAAAGAUCUGGCAGGGCAGCCCUCUCGCUCCUUUCAUGCUGCUGCCCAACUCGAGCAUCCUAACUUGGGCCUCUAACAUCACCUCCUACACGUCCUGGCCCCCCCUCAGCGCCCUGCAGCUCUUGGUUUCGCUGCAGGGCGAGUCAUGUGUGAAGGCCUGCCAAGACGUGGGGUUGAUCUGCGAGCCUGCCUUGUAUCGUUUCAUCAACAUUAAGGAAGCCUUCAAUGCGCUAGACUUCCAAUGUGCGGGGCUGGAGUCAGAGAUGAAUCAUCUCUUUCCCGCCUUCUCAGCAGAACAUGCAGAAUGUGGCCUGCAGCAGGACCCUCUGCUCUUCAGCUGUGCAGGUGCUAGCAUCAAAUACCAGCGCCUCUGCCCCUGUCGAGACUAUCGAGAUGGCCAGGUGGCCCUGUGCAGCGACUGCUUGUGACCGGUGAUGCUCGGCUCUCUUGCCCCAGGAGAUGUUGUCUGACUAAGUAGCUUGUAGUCAAACGUUUUAACAGGAGCCAUUGUGAAAAAUCCUUUACAGUGUGGCUGUCAAAGUAGGCUGGGUGGGUAGCCAACAACUCAGGGAUUUGCAUGAUUGUACUUUGUAUCUGUUGGGCUUAGAGUUUUAGUCGAAAAAAUUACGUGAAAGCUUUGGGACCAUAUGAAAGUUUUUGAUCGAAGAUGCCAAAUACUGGAUCUCUCAAGUUACAAACACAUGACAGUGCACUCAAAGAGGGAUAUCGUGCUUGACAACUUUCAGUGUGUGUGUCUUGAUAUUGUGUGAAUCCUUUCAGUGAUCAUAGUGGACAUUUGUAUCAGAUGCACUCGAAGCCAUUUACACCAAGUUGAGAUGUACUAUUUUCCAUGUCCUGUAUUUGUACAUAAUUGUUUAAUAAAAUUGAGAAAACUAAUAUAAUUUGUGAUUUUGAAUACAUUAAUCAUUCACUGCCCUCAGUGUUGUUUUCGUCAAAGAACUUUUUUUUUCAUGACAAUGAUGAGAUGAUAACGAGCUAAAAACAUGUUUCAGGAGACUAAAACAUAAGACGAGUGCCAGAAG